CUCGUUCGCUCGUCCUCCAGCACUCCACCGCACGCACUCGCCUCCGACAGCGACCGCGCAACGCGACGCAGCCGCGUCCUUCUCCGAGACGCCCCGCGCCCCGGCCCCGGUUCCCUCGCUCUCCUCCGCCCCCUACGCACGCAGCAGCCGCGUUCGUCCUCUGCGCUGCGCGGCCUGCGCCUGACCAAGCAAAGCUUAUCGGCCGGACGAACAAACGGUGCAGCAAGGCCUCAGAAUCUCAAGCCCGGAACAAGCGCAUCCGGUCCGGCCAGUAGUGAUGCCGACGAGCUCGACCAACUCCGCCGCGGCGGCUUCCCCUGCCGUGUCAGGCCUCGACUACGACGACACCGCGCUCACCCUCGCCCUCCCGGGCUCCUCCUCCUCCGCCGCCGACCCCUCCGCCGCCGCCGACCGCAAGCGCGCCCACGCCGACCACGACAAGCCGCCCUCCCCAAAGGCGCGGGCCGUGGGGUGGCCGCCGGUGCGCGCGUACCGGCGCAACGCGCUGCGCGACGAGCAGGCCGCCAAGCUCGUGAAGGUGGCCGUGGACGGCGCGCCGUACCUGCGCAAGGUGGACCUCGCGGCGCACGACGGGUACGCGGCGCUGCUCCGCGCGCUCCACGGCAUGUUCGCCUCCUGCCUCGGAGCCGACGGGGCCGGGAGCCUCGUCGACGCCGCCACCGGCGCCGAGUACGUGCCCACCUACGAGGACAAGGACGGCGACUGGAUGCUCGUCGGAGACGUCCCCUUCAAGAUGUUUGUGGACUCGUGCAAGAGGAUCCGCCUCAUGAAGAGCUCCGAGGCCGGCAGCCUAUCUCCAAGGACAUCAUCCCAAUGAUGCUUGUUGUCGCCCUAUUAGGCGGCUAAUUUGUCUGAAUUUGUUCACCAAAGUGUGCACUGGAAGAGGCUUGGCUGCUCAGGUCCUCCAUGCACGUUACACACCGUAGGAUCAUAUCAGGGUUCAGUCUGUUGUUGUGCUCUGUACAGGCCACACACCCCAUGGAAAAACUUCAUCAGUUUCAAGUGCCGCUACUGUCGGCCGGACGGUUUCGUUUUUGGACGCCGGCGAGAAGGCGGCGCUAGCACUUCGUCAGCUAUAGAUUACUAGUAGUUCCGUUGUCAGUUUCGAUCAGUCUUUGCCCUCGAUCGUCUUGUCUCGAGGGAUCCAUGUAUACACGAGAGUAUGGUACAUGCUGUGUGCUGUUUUCAUUAUAUAAGGUCAAAAAUACAAGUGCCAUCUAUCACUGUUCUUGUAAUUUCAGGCUUUGUUUUACUUC